AUGCCCCCGCAAGAUGUGCAUCACCAGCCAUCUGUCCCUCGUGCCAGCGAGCCAGUGAUCCAACCUAGACAAGUGAUCCGGCCAGCAACUAGACAAGUGAUCCAGCCGGCGACUAGACAAGUGAUCAAGCCGGCGACUACACAAGUGAUCCAGCCGGCGACUAGACAAGUGAUCCAGCCGGCGACUAGACAAGUGAUCCAGCCGGCGACUAGACAAGUGAUCCAGCCGGAGACUAUACAAGUGAUCCAGCCGGCGACUAGACAAGUGAUCCAGCCGGCGACUAGACAAGUGAUCCAGCCGGCGACUAGACAAGUGAUCCAGCCGGCGACUAGACAAGUGAUCCAGCCGGCGACUAGACUAGUGAUCCGGCCGGCGACUAGACAAGUGAUCCGGCCGGUGACUAGACAAGUAAUCCGGCCGGCGACUAUACAAGUGAUCCGGCCGGCGACUAGACUAGUGAUCCGGCCGGUGACUAGACAAGUGAUCUGGCCGGCGAUUAGACAAGUGAUCCAGCUGGCGACUAGACAAGUGAUCCAGCCAGUGACUAGACUAGUGAUCCAACCAACCAUUAGACCAGUGAUCCAGCCAGCCAGCCCCUACAAUGACCAAAAUACAAAUUGGGCUGCAUGA